GGAUGGACACAGACGAGUGGAGCCAGUGGCAGAAUGAGUUUCGAGAGCAGAUUCGGGCACUGCGCCACUGGCUGAAGAGUAUGGAGAUGAGACUGCCUCCUGUGGAUCAGGCAGUAGCUGAAGCAACUCCUGUAUGCAUGGCCCUGAGGCCUUCUUGCCUCACAUCUUACUUGCCUGUAGGCUGAAGUAUGGGUAACCUUAUAAGUAGACCAAGUUGCCUGGGUCAGAAGUCCAAGCAAGUAAGGACAAAUGAGGCCUUCCUCAAAGAAUGCUACCAGAGACAGAGGGAAUGGCCUGUCCCAGAGCCUCCUAAGGAGGAGAGGAAAAUAGAAGAUGUGGACCAAAGCUCUCCACAAGUUCCAACGCCAGACAAAAGCAGGAGCUCUCCUGCUCUAACUGUUACAACCACCAGCACUUUGGAUAAUGCCUGGAGAAACACACCUUCCCCAGCCAAAACAAUAUACAAUGGGUCUUUGCCCAGGAGAACCAAUGUUCCUGAGUACAGGAGAUCACCUCUUGGACAAUGUGGAAUAGCAGAAACAAGAGGCACCCUGCAGAGACGGGAUUCUGGAAGCCCAUGGUCAUGGAAAACUUUGAAUACUCGAGAAGUCACAGAAGUCACCGAAGUGACAGAGACUGUUGUGACAGAAAUUGUGGAGGUGACAGAAUAUCCAGCAGGACAGAAAGGCGGAGAUCCUAUUGUUACCCGGACGGUUAGGGUCCUCACAGGAGCCGCUGAUCAAUUAGCAGAGACUACCCGGAGUAAUUUGGCACUGACAGAUGGAUUUGGGGAUCCUGAAAUGUUUACGCAAAAUCUGCAGACAUUAUUAACAUGGGUUUGCGAGAUUGAAGAGCUUGUGGCAAAUCAAAAACCUCCCUCAUCUGAAUUUAAAGUACUGAAAGCUCAGCUUCAAGAACAGAAGCUUCUACAGCGUCUCCUAGAGGACAGGAGGUCUAACAUGGAAACUAUGAUGCAGGAGGGCCCACGUAUAGCUGAAGGGCUUCAAGAGGAAGAAAGAGAUAAAUCCAAACUCCAACUUCCCCAACUCAAACUGAAGUGGGAAGCUCUUCUUUUAGGUGCUAAUAGCAGGAGACAGACUUUGGAGCUAAUUUUGCCUCAGGCUCAGCUCUUUCAGGAGAGAAUAGACAGUCUUCAUCAGUGGCUAAUAUCCAUGGAGCAGGACUUAGCUGAGCUCCGUUCUGCAGAGAGAGCAAUGCUCCAUUUACAGGAAGCCACUGAUCAGGCCAAGGCUGUCAUGGAGGAUAUAAAAGCUAAGAGUGUCGACUUUGGAAAUCUUCAACACUGCUGUCAUGAUUUCAUGGAGAUGGUCUCAGAGGAGGAGUCUCAUCUGGUACAAGAGAAGGCAGAUAGCUUGCGUAUCCGGUACUCAGUGCUCAGUUUAGGCAGUGCUGAUGUGCUGCAGCGGCUGGAGAACGCGCUCGAGGCCUCUAGCCGAUGCACCUCCAGUCAGGAGGACCUCCACCUGUGGCUGGGCCGCAUCGAGAGGGAACUUCUGGGAACAUCUCAGACUGGAGAUGCAAUGCUGUGUGCUGCUGAGAGACAGAGGUUGGAACAAGCAGUUGAUAAAGAAUUGGCCUGGUUUCGAGCUACAACCCAGGGACUGGAGAAACUCAAAGUCAUCAACCUGGACCCUGGUGUCAUUGCUACACAGCUCUAUGAGCAAAAGAUACUAUCAGUGGAGAUUCUUCAGCACAGGUUUAACAUAGAGAAAAUGGUGAAGGUUUCUGAACUCUUACAGGCAUACAGUGAUAUUGAGGAUAUGGGAAAUCUUCAGACGAGUUUAGAUACUCUUGAGGAGCAAUGUCAGAUAACCACCGGCACAAAUUCCCACGUGGUGCUGCAGCUGGAGCAUGCUCAGUCUCUCUUGUCCCAGUUCUCUGAGUGCUAUGCUGAGGUGUUGCCAUGGUUACAGGAAACCAAAUCCCUUACUGUCCAGCUUUCUUUGAACACCAUCAGUUACGAAGCAUUCAGAGAACAACAGGAGCUCUUACAGAGCCUAAGGGAGUCUAUAGCUGAGCACAAGCCUUUGAUAUUCCGAUUAGGAAUGUUGGCCAAGCGUCUGUCAGACCUGAGUGCUGACCAGGCUCAGCAAUACAGCCAGAAAGUGUCAGAGGCUGAGGAGCACUACCAGACCAUCAGAGACAGAGUCAGAGAGGCUGCUGGAGUCCUUGAGGAAUCUCUGCCACGGUAUACACAGCUGAAUGAGAGGAUGAUUCUGAUAGGGGAAAGCCUGGAGCGUAUGUACAACCAUAUGCAGGCCACAGUGAUUUUGCAGGGCCUUACUCCACGUAUUCAAGAGCAGCUGAAGGACAACAAGAACACUCUGGCUGAGCUCUCCAAGCUGGCGCUAAGCCUAAAUACUGUGAGGACUGAAGCUGAGGGGCUGCUGGCAAACACACAAGCUGUAGGGGGCAGCUCCAUAGGCACAGCCAUCCAAGAUCGGGUGAGCAGCCUGACCAGCCAGUGGGAGGAGACACAAAGUCAGUGUCAGGAGAGGGAGAAGUGGCUCCUUCACCUGCUUGAAUUGGCUUCAAGGUUCUGGAAUGAUGUAAGCAGCAUGACAGUUGGGCUGAAUGAUGCCCAACAAACUCUGCUAGACCUCAAUUCAAGCAGAACAGACUCUGAGACCAUCCUGCAGAGCCUGGCCAUAAUGCAGACACUGAGAGAGGACAUUGAUGGACUUCAAGGAGAACUGGACAUACUUGGUGUUUUGGGAAUGGAGUUAAUGUCUGCAUGUGGAGACACAGACAAGCCCGAAGUCACAAAAAGCUUAGAUGAGCUGUACUGCACAUGGAACAAUCUAAAUAAGAUCUGGACUGAGUGCAACAAUAAGUUGGAAGAAUCUCUGCAGUUGGUGCUGAAUUAUCAGGAUACUCUGCAGGGGCUAUUUGAGUGGCUCAAGUCAGCAGAGCUGAAAUCCACUGAAGAGUUCUUAGUGGGAUCUGAUCUUGGAUCGGUCAAAGAGCAGCUGUUUGGUCUGAAGGAGUUCAAGCGGGAAUUAUACCAGAAAAAGAUUGAGAUUGAGAGUUUGAAUCAUCGUUUUGUGGGUCGUCUAUCUCCGGGUUCUGUUCGGCCCGGGUCCACUUCACCGUUGAGUGAUUUUCGGCAGCGCUGGGACAGUCUGGAGUCAGAGACUGUCAGCCGACAGCACCAGCUGGAGUGUGCACUGCUGGGAUUGGGCCAGUUUCAGAACAAUUUUGAUGAGCUGCACGCCUGGAUCUCUCACACUGCCGAACUGCUGCAGGCAUCUCGGCCCAUCAGCAUUGAUCUACAGACCUGUGAGAUAGAGCUAGCCAAGCACAAGGUACUGCGCAAUGAUGUAAUGUCACAUAUACACACUGUGGAGUCUCUGAACCAGGCAGGCAGGAUCCUGCUGGAAGGCACAGGAGGAGAGAGUCCUCAGGGCCUGCAGCAUCGCCUGGAGCAACUGAACGAUUGCUGGGAGUUUGUGCGCUCCGAGACAGAGCGCAGGCAAUUGGAACUGGAGAAUUACCUCAGUCAAGUUCAAGAUGUAACAAUGGAAAUCCAGGACCUUUUGCAGUGGCUGGAGUACACAGACUUGAAGCUGUCCUCCACUAAAACUGUGUGGGGAAUGCCAGACACUGCCAGUGAGAGACUCAGUGCUCAUCUGGAGCUGUGUAAUGAGAUGGAGUCUAAACUGCAUGCGUACACAAAUAUCCGUAACGCUGUCCACAGGAUGCUGGAGGGAAGCAACGUGGCUCAUGGCUCCAGCACUGAGCACAGCUUAAGCAUCCUGGAGCAGAAGUGGAACACUGUCUAUACAAAAAUGCAAGACCGGAAGGCUAAGUUAACAGAAGGACUUGGUCUAGCAAAGGAGUUUAACAGCAAUGUUCAAGAUCUGCUGAGCAAAAUGGCAAAGUGUGAAGAGCUCAUUAGUUCUCUGCCUACUCCGAGCUUCAUCUUUGACACCAUCAGCACCCAGCUUCAGGAACACAAGAUGCUGGUGAAUGAGGUCCAGUCAUAUGGGGAGAAGAAGACCUGUGUGGAGAAUGCAGCCUCACAGCUGUUGGAGCUUAGCAGAAAAGAGGACUGUGAUGUGGUACAAAAUCUUCUGAUAACGGUGCAAGACCGCUACAGGAAGCUUCACCAGCACACCACAGAAAGAGGGAAGACCCUGGAGAAUGUUAAGAAACAAGUUAAACAGUUCAGUGAGUCCUGGCAGCUGCUGAUGGACUGGAUGACUGAAGUAGAACAGACUUUGGACACACAUAAAGAGAUCGCUGUGUCACAUGAAGAGAUCAAACAGCAGCUCUGUGAGCAGAAGGACUUCCAUAAAAUCUUUCGCUCGAAGAGACCAAUGUAUGAGGCCUGCUUGAAGAGUGGCCGCACCCUCUUAGUAAAGACUCAGAAUCCUUUCGACACCCAGCAUCUUGAAAACAUGGUGUCUGAGCUCAGAGACUCAUGGGAUACUAUCAGUGGAAAGUCUAUGGAGAGGCAACAUAAAUUGGAGGAGGCACUGCUGUUUUCUGGAAGGUUCAGUGAUGCACUCCAGGCACUAAAUGACUGGCUGUACAGGGCAGAGCCACAGGUUGCUGAAGAUAUGCCUGUUCUAGGCGAGAAAGAUUUAGUUAAUAAUUUAAUUGACAAGCAUAAGGUGUUCCAAAAAGAGCUGGGGAAGCGUGCUGGCUGUAUUCGUACCCUGAAGCGUUCGGUCAGAGAUCUGACUCGUGGAAGCACUGCUGAUGCCCACUGGCUGCAGGAGCAGAUGGAGGAGCUGGAGGUCCGCUGGGAGGCUGUGUGUAAACUCUCAGUGUCCCGACAGACCAGACUGGAGGCAGCAUUACGACAGGCAGAUGAGUUUGACAGAAUGGUUCACACAUUCCUUGAUCAACUUGCUGACAUUGAAAGGGUUUUGAAAUAUGGAGUACUACCUGAAGAGGAAGAGACUCUCCUAACAUUCCUCAAACAACACAAGGAGUCAAUGAGCUCUUUAAGUAGUCAUCAGGUGGCGUUGGAAUGCAUACAAACCUUAGGUGAAGAGAUUUUGUCCUCCUGCCAUCCUGACUCUGUUAUUACUAUCAAAUCUUGGAUCAGUGUCACUAAAACCCGCUAUGAGGAGGUCCAGACUUGGGCACAACAGCAAGCUGAGCGUAUCCAAGCUGCGCUUUCUGCUCUGGAGGCUGAGAGAAAGGAAGUGCAGCGCCUCCUGACCUGGAUCUCCUCUGCUGAAGAAUCACUGAACGUCAGCGACCAGGAACCCUUGCCUGACGACACAGAGCAGACAGCAGAGCUCAUCACCAAGCAUGCGGUUUUUAUGGUUGAGUUAAAUAGUAAAGUAAUAGAAGUAGAAAAUGCCACAAAGUCCUGCAAACACAAGCUGACUCCAAAGCAGGUGUCUCCAAGCCACAGAACACCAACCAAAAGAAGAGGCCCAACAAAAUCCCCAAUCACAGGUUCACUGCCCUUAGAGAGACUGGAACCUCACACACCCCAGUUGUGUCAACUAGUAAGCCAGUGGCAGAAACUGUGGGUUCAGGCCCACAGCAGAAAGACCAGACUUGAUGAGCACCAGCAGAGACUCAAAGAGUUGGAAGAGUUUGCUAAUUUUGACUUCAACAUCUGGCGCAAGAGGUACAUGCAGUGGAUAAGUCACCUUAAGUCUCGGAUCUUAGAUGUUUUUCGCAGCAUCGAUCGAGAUCAGGAUGGUCGAAUCACCCAAAAGGAGUUCAUCGAUAAUGUUCUGACCUCCAAAUUCCCAACCAAUUCCUUGGAAAUGACUGCUGUUGCAAACAUCUUUGAUGUGAAUGGGGAUGGAUUCAUUGACUACUAUGAGUUUGUAAGUGCGCUCCACCCAAGCCGAGAUCCCUACAGAAGAACAGUUGAUGUAGACCAAAUCAACGAAGAGGUAAGCAGACAGGUGUCUCAGUGCAGCUGCCCAAAGAGGUUUCAGGUGGAGCAGGUUAGCGCUAACCGGUACAGGUUUGGAGACUCUCAGCAGUUAAGAAUGGUGCGUAUCUUACGAAGCACACUCAUGGUACGUGUUGGAGGAGGAUGGACAGCCCUGGAUGAAUUUCUUGUUAAGAAUGACCCUUGCAGAGUAAAAGGUCGCACAAACCUAAAGAUAAAGGAGAAGUACCUGUCACCUCAUUCUUUUGACACAUCCGGAUGCAGAGGAAACAAGGGGAUGGCAGUGAGCAGGUCAAACUCCAGCCUGAGUUUAUACAGCAGCGCAUCAGCUCCUAGCAGCCCUUUAACUCGAAAGGCACUGUUACGCAGAAGUUUCUCUGGUGAAAGGUGUAUUCGGCCAAGGAGCUCUAUAGCUGCAUUAGGAACAGACCAGUUCUCUCCUGCAGGAGAUGAUGAUUCUCCUUCCCCCUCAGAGGAAGCUGAAAGAGCACCCACAUGAUUCUUCCCUCUGCUCUCAGCAUGGAAGAGCAACAGGACUCAGGAUUCUAUAUUCAGAGGCCCAGAAAAUGGUACACCCCAAAAUGGAAGUUCACAGCACACAUUGGACUCCUCCACACGAUCGUUCACACACUCGCCCUGGCUGAAGGGCAGUUUUGUCAUUCAAGAACUGAUGGAUCAUGUUCCCACUGAUACUAAGGUGUGGUGGGAAUUCUACCCACAGUCAGCAAUUAUGCAACCUUAUUCCUUCUCACAACACAGCAUUCUGCCAGCUCCUCAAAUUUGUAUUUAUAUAUUUUGCUUGUGUUCUUUUGCAAAGCAAACACAUAUAUCCUCCUCUCUGUUUUGAGAGAAGUGUUGGAAUGUUCUGCAUGGGUAUUAGCUGCAUGAUGCCUCUGCUCGCCCAAAUCCCAAAUAUUUUGCCUAUAUACUAAAUAAUGUGCAUACUGAGGUCCAUUAUUGUUAGGGUGUGAGCAACAAAAAUGCAAAUGCCUUUAAUAAAAUCACAAACACACACAUUCACACACAUCAGUAGUCUGUUUUACAAUUUUUAACAAUACAACCUGCAUAAACUGAUGCAAACCAAAACAGACAGAUCUUGUUCAACUGCCUUAAGGCUUCAGUGAAUGUAUUCUGUAUAUGAUGUAUUGUAUACUCUUAAAAAAACUCAGAUACUAAUGUACAUUUGUAUUGAAAUUUGUAAGUGUGGUUGUAGUAUUUCCUCAGGUUUGUAAAACUAUUUAAAUAUUAAGCAGUAAUUUGGCCCUCGUAAAAAGGUACGCUGUAAUGCCACACAUCCAAAAACAAUUGUUUUUCACUGCAAUCAAAUAUAUAACUGAUUUGAUUUUAGUAUCCUGUUAAUGUCUUCGUAUAGUAAUUCUAUUUCAACUUGUAAUUCACGCAUAGCUUUCUAAAUAAAUCAUUUUGAACAAUCAACUUUAAGUGUUUCCCUAAGAGGACAUGAAAGUGUAGGUCUCCAUGAGAUUAGCAAAAAUAUGAAUUGUCCAACACUCUCUGCCAGUCCUGAACUGUAUUUUAUUUAAACCAAAGGUCACAAGUAUUUGAUCUGUUUUAGUAUUGUGCCUGUAGGGCUGUAGUUUGCUGUAUAGCUAUUCAUUUCCAUACCAUAAAGAAUGUCUUGGUUGUGGCCUUUGGUUCCUAUCACAUAACAUGCAUGUGCCUUUUUUGUUGAUCUUACAUACACAAUGUAAAUAUUUCUGAAGUCCGUGGAAGACUCUUUCUGCUAGUUGUCCACCGACUGCAGUAACAAUGGUGCAACAAUGAGUAUCUAUACAAAAUUUAUGUUUACAGAUUUAAAAAAAAAAAAGCCACUGUAUCUUCAUUCAUUUUAUGUAUAACUGCUGAAACGCUGGCAAGAGGUUUUUUUUCCUGGUUAUGCAUCUUUCUGAUGACGUCCUACAAAGGACUGCAUGUACUCACACCAGAAUA